UCAAACGUUAAUUCUAUCUCCAACAAUAAUGACAACACUGUGUCCAAUGCAGAAUCAGUUUCGACUCCUACUACCAGCACUUCGCCAAGUGGCACCAGUGUUGAUGGCAGCAGCGGUCGCGUAUACGAACGAACUGUUUUACCACCGUCUGAACUCGUAGAAUAUCCGUUUAAAACGUUGAACAGAAUUCUAGAUGAUAUGAAAUGGACGAUUCCCAUGAAACAAAAGUUCAACAUCAGCUUGUUGAACAGUAUACCGUUUGAUUACUCCACAGAAUUAAGUAAACUCGCUGGAUCGCCUUUGUUUGUGUAUGAAGCUCUUACUCUAAACAAUUCGCUCAACUACUCCCCGUCGUUGGAGACAGUUGAUUAUGAAGACAGAAACCAGACACUUUCCACAAUAAGAGGUCUUCUUGUCAACACAAGCUCCAGCAGCUCUGCCAAAGCAGUAUUUCACUUCCGGAUCUCGAUUCUCGAAACGAACACCAAUCCAUUCAUCUCCAGUGCUCUUGAUAAACACGAAUAUCAUAUCAUUCCUAAACUGAGAAUCUCUUCUGACGACUUAGAAGCUCUUCAUGUGCUUCCCAAGGAAGACCCCCAGAUCAUUGAUGAUGCCUUCUUUAAAAGCUCCAACAGCCCAAGCAACCAGAUUUUAAGAGUGACCAUCUAUAGCCAGGAGUUCUCGCAACAAGAUUUGCUUCCGUUGGUAGAUCAGGAAACAAUAAAGGCUAGAUAUCUAGCUGGUGUAGAUAAACACCCGAGCUUAUCGCCGGAAACUAUCCCGAACGUAACCCAUUGCUUCAAGACCUUGAUCAAAGUGUUGAGGGGGCCGAUUUUGAUGAAACCAGAAGACUCUUUCAAGACGAUAAGUUUGGCCCACACGGUUAUGGAUGCGCAAAUAGACGUAAACCUUCUUUUCCACAAGCUUUCAUUCACUUUGAACGAACAAGAGUCCGAUGUAGUCCCUCCAAACUUGACAGAGUUGCCAGAGUUGAAGGAAUCGUACAUCCGAAUGAUCCAAGAGUUGAUCUACUUAGGAAGAAUCUAUGGUAGUAGCAUCGAAAACAACGAGUACAAGACUCUGUACUCUUACUCCGAUAAUCUUUCUUUGGUAUUCAAGACUAUUAGUGAAUACGACAAACACAUCAACCAGGUCCAUUUCCGCAAUCACAACUCGAACCAAUUAGCGUUCUUGAUCAACUUGAGUAUCUGUUCGUAUUUUCAGGACGAGCUUAUCAUCAAAUGUUUUGAGAAUACCAUCAAGUCCGAUCCGGCCAACAAAUUGCAUUACGUAGACUCCUUAAGAAGUACCAUUAACUUCAGAAACGGCUCUUCCACGAACAACAAGUUGAAUACCUACUUGAAAAACUUGACUGCUCUGGGCGACUUGAUAGGUUUCCAUGAGUAUAUGGAGUCAAUGAACAUUCUUGGAAUUGAUGUCAGAGAUCCAGCUGAUAUUGACAACAUCGAUGAUGGCAUUAUCAUAGCUAUGUAUAAAACCAACUUCAAAAACGACCCCAAGAAUUAUCAAUACUAUAACAACCAUUUGCAAACCGUUGCUAAAGUCAGAAAAUCCUCGAAUUUAUGGAAGUUCAUCAACAAUGAAAUCAUACCAUUAAAUAUCGCUCUUGACGAAUUGAAUAUCGAGGAAAUUACUGAAGAUGACGUAGUCAUUACUGCUUAUGAGUUCAAGUUGGACGACACUCUACAGGCUAAUGGGUUUAGAAACGACGCUAGUGAGAUCUUGUUCUUACACAAGGCGUUGUUAUCAGUAGCUGUGAACAGAAAGAGCUAUCUUUUAUUGAACUACAUUGAAACAAAACUCGCUGAUAUCAUCAAACUUCCAAAGGAAGAUUUCACCUAUCAGAAAGCACUUGAACUUUUUGGUGCUGAUGAGAGCACCUCUGACUUUGAAAUCAUUACUAGGUUCCAGAAUCGAUUAAUUUUGAAGUCCAAAAACGAUAUCGAUAGUGACAUUAGAAUCUUGAGAUACUGCUUGAAGCUCAUUGCUGAAGAGAAGAAAUCACAGAUUUUGUUUAGCUUUUUGAAAAAUGGGAAAGUAGUUUCGUCUCUUUUACCAGCAGAGAACUGGCCGGCAGGUUUGGACAAUAUCGGAAACACCUGCUAUUUGAACUCUUUAUUACAGUAUUACUUCUGUAUCAAGCCAUUAAGAGACUUGAUUCUUUCCUUUGACGAAAACGAUGUUAAUCAGGAGAAGAUGGGCCAGAAGAGAAAAAUAGGAGGUAGAAAAGUCGAGGAAUUGGAACUCACUCGUUCCAAUCAGUUUGUGUACCAUUUAAGGUAUUUGUUUGAUGAAAUGAUACACACCAACAAAAGAUGUGUACAGCCAUCGAAAGAUCUUGCCUACCUAUCGUUCUUGCCGUUGUCCAAUCCUGUUGAUUUCAAAACUGAAGGAGAACCUGAAGUUAUCGAGAUUCUUGAUGAAGACGAUGACUACGUUAUCAGUGGAAAGGAUAGCACGAGAACGAAUGCUAUCUUAGUAUCAUCACAACUGCCAGUGCCAGAAGAGGAUGUAGAAAUGCUUCCAAGUAGUGAUGAUUAUGUCGAGAUAUCCAACGAACAAGAAGAAAGCGGUCUUCGUAGCCACAACAGCAUUUUGAACUAUGUAGAAGUGCAGAACGGUCCUAAGUUGUUGCCAAUCAGUACAGACCAGAUGGAAAGUACAAUAGAAGUAGGUAGACAGCAGGAUGUUACGGAAUGUAUUGAAAAUGUCACCUUCCAGAUUGAAACGGCUCUAGAGCCAGAACGGUUGGAUGACGACGGUGAACAGUAUGACCUCAUCAAAAGACUCUUUUAUGGAAAGACCAAGCAAACUAUUACGCCGAUAGACGACAAACACAAUCCUAUAGGUAAACCUCGUGUUUCCAUUGAGAGAUUUUUCAGUUUGAUCAUCAACGUCAGCGACCAUCCCAAGAGCAUGUACGACACAUUGGAUAACUUCUUCAACGAGGACAUUGUCAACUUGGAGGAAGGUUUAGCCAAGAAGUCCAUCACUGUGAGUGAAUUACCGGAUAUCUUACAGUUUCAUGUUCAAAGAGUUAUGUUUGAUCGCGAAAGAUUGAUGGCAUACAAGUCUUUGGAGCCAAUUCCUUUCAGCGAAAAGAUCUACUUUGACCGUUAUCUAGACACAGAUGAUCCGAUGAUUCUUCGUCGUCGUAGUGAAGUGUUCAAAUGGAAGUCUGAGAUCCAAGAAUUGACAGAGCAAAAGAAUGAGAUUCUCAAUAUUGAUGACGAAACCAAACUCUCCAUUAUUGAUGCACUUGUAACAACGAAGAAAUAUCUUGAACUGAAAAUCAUCCCUCACGAAACAAUGGGCAUUAAGCCAGAUACAAUUUUCGCUAUUCAAGAGCAAAUCGAUAACUUGAGACAAAGAUUGCUAGACAUAGACUCAAGGCUAGAGGUUUUACGUGCGAGUGUAGCCAAUCAGUUUACGUCCUAUACCAAGAUCGGGUACACCAUCUUUGCUAUAUUUAUCCAUAGAGGCGAGGCUAGUUAUGGCCAUUACUGGGUUUAUAUUCGAGAUCCUCAACGUAACAUUUUCAGGAAGUAUAACGACGAAACAGUGAGUGAAGUUCCGUUCUCGGAGGUUUUCAACUUUGCUGAAGGUAACACGGCUACUCCGUACUACAUUGUGUAUGUCAAGGAUGAGUUGGAGAAUGAUUAUGUUGAUCCAUUGAAGAGGGUCAUCAAUAAAUGUUGA